AUGGAAGCCAGGGAGCUGGAGAAUCCCACACCCACAUACCAUCUCAUUCCUGAGGCCAGCCAGCCCAGGGAGGAAGAAGGUGACCGCAUGCUACCUCAGCAGGCCACAGAAACUAUGCAGCUGAAGAAGGAGAUCUCUCUGCUGAAUGGCAUCAGCCUGGUAGUGGGCAACAUGAUCGGCUCAGGAAUCUUCGUCUCACCCAAGGGUGUGCUGGUCUACACGGCCUCCUAUGGGUUGUCACUGGUCAUCUGGGCUGUUGGUGGGCUUUUCUCCGUUGUGGGUGCCCUUUGCUAUGCAGAACUGGGGACCACCAUCACCAAAUCUGGAGCCAGCUACGCUUAUAUUCUUGAGGCCUUUGGGGGCUUCAUUGCUUUUAUUCGCCUCUGGGCCUCACUGCUAAUUGUUGAGCCCACCAGUCAGGCCGUCAUCGCUAUCACCUUUGCCAACUACAUCAUCCAGCCCUCCUUUCCCACCUGUGAGCCCCCGUACCUGGCCUGCCGUCUCCUCGCUGCAGCCUGCAUGUGUCUGCUGACAUUUGUGAACUGUGCCUACGUCAAGUGGGGCACACGUGUGCAGGACACGUUCACGUAUGCCAAGGUCCUGGCACUCAUUGCCAUCAUUGUCAUGGGCCUUGUUAAACUGUGCCAGGGACACUCUGAGCACUUUCAGGAUGCCUUUAAGGGUUCCUCCUGGGAUGUGGGAGACCUCUUUCUUGCCCUCUACUCUGCCCUGUUCUCUUACUCAGGUUGGGACACCCUUAAUUUUGUAACAGAAGAAAUCAAAAACCCAGAAAGAAAUUUGCCCCUGGCCAUUGGGAUUUCUAUGCCAAUUGUGACACUCAUCUACAUCCUGACCAACGUGGCCUAUUACACAGUGCUGAGCAUUUCUGAUGUCCUUGCCAGUGAUGCUGUGGCUGUGACAUUUGCUGACCAGACAUUUGGCAUGUUUAGCUGGACCAUUCCCAUUGCUGUCGCCCUGUCCUGUUUUGGGGGCCUCAAUGCGUCUAUCUUCGCCUCAUCAAGGUUGUUUUUUGUGGGCUCCCGUGAGGGCCACCUCCCGGACCUCCUGUCCAUGAUCCACGUUGAGCGUUUCACACCUAUCCCUGCUUUACUGUUUAACUGCACCAUGACACUUAUCUACCUCACUGUGGAGGAUGUUUUCCUGCUUAUCAACUACUUCAGCUUCAGCUACUGGUUCUUUGUGGGCCUCUCUGUCGCUGGACAGCUCUACCUUCGCUGGAAGGAGCCUGAUCGGCCACGACCUCUCAAGCUGAGCCUGUUUUUUCCCAUCGUGUUCUGCAUAUGCUCCUUGUUUCUGGUGAUUGUGCCCCUCUUCAGUGACACCAUCAAUUCCCUCAUUGGCAUUGGAAUCACCCUCUCUGGGGUCCCCGUCUACUUCCUGGGUGUUUAUCUGCCAGAGUCUCGGAGGCCACUCUUUAUUCGGAAUGUCCUUGCUGCUAUCACCAAAGUCACCCAGAAGCUUUGCUUUUGCGUCCUGACUGAGCUAGAUGUAGCUGAAGAGAGACAGGUCGAGAGGAAAACUGAGUAG